AUGUCACAUUUUCAGCUUUCUUGGAUGAAGACCUGUGCGGAGGGUCUCUGGAUGAAACGCUUCCAUGCGGGUGCUGAGGAGAACCGGGGUCUGGUGGUGAGGGAUGAGCUGGCUCACACGUACGGAGACGUUUGCAGGUGUGAGUCUCAGGCUUCCAGUCCUGAAAGUCAGGCUGCAUUACACACAGACGGCUCUCACAGCACACGGCCGAAAAUCACAACUUGGGAGGCGGGUUGGAACGUCACCAGUGCCAUACAGGGUAUCUUUGUGCUGGGUCUGCCCUACGCCCUGCUGCAGAGCGGGUAUGUGGGUCUGCUGUUGCUGGUGUUAGCUGCAUUCAUCUGUAGCUACACCGGAAAGAUCCUGGUGUCCUGCCUGUAUGAAGAGGACGAGAACGGACACUCGGUCCGCGUCAGACGCACCUAUGAGGACAUCGCUACCGCCUGCUGCAGAAACAUCUGCCCUUACAUCGGGGGCAAGGUGGUAAAUGCAGCGCAGGUGGUGGAAUUGGUGAUGACGUGCAUCCUAUACUUGGUUGUGAGUAGUAACCUGAUGUGCCACAGCCUGUUUUUUCUCUCUCUGACCCCGGCGACCUGCUCUGCCAUCACCUUUCUCAUCCUGGUGCCCUGCAUGCUGAUCCGUGACCUGCGGGUGCUGUCGCGUCUGAGCCUCUUCUGCUCGCUGGCUCAGUUCCUCAUCACCUUCAUUGUGAUUGGCUACUGCCUCCGUCAGUCAUCACAGUGGGCCAGUAGGAGGCUGAGUGCGGUAGUGGUGGACUUCGAUGGCUUCCAGGUUGCAGUGGGGGUGAUCAUCUUUAGCUACACAUCACAGAUUUAUCUGCCUACUUUGGAGGAGAGCAUGACCAACAGGCUAGACUUCAACAGCAUGAUAGACUGGACUCACAUUCUGGCCUGUGUACUGAAGACAGCGUUCUCUGUUGUGGCCUUUCUCACAUGGGGAGAGGAAACCAAAGAGGUGAUAACCGAUAAUUUGCCUACUGCUUUGCGGAUGGUGGUGAACUUGUGUCUGCUGGCAAAGGCUCUCCUCUCGUACCCUCUCCCGUUCUACGCCGCGGCAGAGAUCCUGCAGACGGGCGUCCUGAAACUCAGCUCAUCUGCAGAAGGAUCAGAGCGGGGGACGCUGCUCCUGCGUGGAUCUCUCCUCCUCCUCACCCUCAUCAUGGCGCUGUGCGUGCCUCAUUUCUCCCUCCUCAUGGGCCUCACGGGCAGCGUGACCGGGGCGGCCAUGACUCUUCUGCUCCCGGCUCUCUUCCACCUGCAGCUGAAAUGGACUCAGCUGGACGUGAGCCGCAGGGUUCUGGACCUGCUGAUAUUACUGCUGGGCUGUUUCUGCAGCAUCUCAGGGGUUAUAUGUUCCAUCAAAGGAAUGAUAACAGCCUUCGAGGACAAAUAGAUAAAAAAUUGUCCUCUCUGUCUGCGUUUCCAUUUGCUCUGGUUGGUGGUUUUUGGUUGU